AUGCUGUGCCUGGUGCUCGCCCUGCUGGCGGCGGUACUUGCCCGCGCCGCAGCCCAGGGCCUCCCUACGGAAAUCCUGCCGCACCUGGUGACCGACCUGUCGCCGCCGACGCUCGUGCCGCCGGCCGCGCUGGCGGCGGAGGGACCGCAGGCCGACUGGCCGGCGCCCCGCUGGCUGACCCGCGACGAGGCCAGCUAUUGCGACAUGGCUCGCGCCUGGGCCGUGGCCCCCCCGGCGCCGGGCCACCAGGGCCGCCCGGUGCUCAGUGUGGCCCUCGUCACCGAGGCCUUCCUGGACGUGGCCGACAACUGGCUGCGGCAUGUGGCGAUGGCCGCUCCCGGCUGGGCCGCCGGCCGCCGGCCCGCGGUGGCCCUCUUCCCCGUCGGGCCGCCGGCGCUGGCGCACGAGCUCCGCCGUCGCGGCAUCCCCUUCCGGCCCUUCCCGCGCUCGGUGCUGGACACGCUGGCGGCGGCCGGCGGCCGGGCCUGGCGCGACGCCGUGCGCCGGCUCUUCGACGGGGGCCCCGGGCCGCUGCGGUCGGCCGAGCUCGGCGCCCUGUGGGCCGUGCGCAUGGGCCUGCUGCAGCUCCUGCUCGAGUGCGGCCUGGACGUGCUGCACAGCGACCUGGACGCCGUGUGGCUCGGCGCGCCCGAUCGGUGGAUCUUCCCCGAGAGCCCGGCCGGGCGGCCGGCCCGCCGCGAGGCGCCCCCGGCCGGGCUCCCGGGCGCGCGUGGCCUGGCCCGGCUGGCCGGCCGGCUGGAUGCCCUGGAGCAGGAUCUCUUCGAUGAUCUGGCCGCCGCCGGCGGCGGCGGGCCCCGGUGCCUGGACGCCGUCGGCCGGCAUGCGCUGGACACCGCCGACGUGCUUUUCUCCCGCGGCACCUUCCCGGCCGAUGUGCAGGAGCUCCUCGGCGUCACCGGGUGCAUGGGGUUCGUCCUGCUCCGGGGGACGCCCAGCACCAGGCACCUCCUGCGCCGGGUCCUGGCGGCCGGGGUGGCGGGCCCGCCGCCGGCUGCCAACCCCCCGGCCGCCGAGGCCCCCUGUGCCGAGCUGGCCGGCCGGCCGGUGCUGGCCGUGCCUCUCCCCGGCCCCGGGGCCCGGUGCGCCUGGGUCCCCUGCCCGGCCGGGGACAUCCUAUCCCGGCACGCAUGCUGGAUGUCCGCGCCGCAUGCGGCCCCCCCGGGCCCGGCCACCUUCGACGACCAGGCCGCACUCAACCGCAUGCUGGUGGAGUAUGGCGUCGGCCGGCCCCGCUGCGUGGGCCGCCACUCGGCCGACGCCCAGGCCCGGCCCUGCCUGGUCCAGGUGGCGUCCAACCGCCUGUCGCAGGACCAUGCGCUGGCGCGCUGGGAGGCCCGGUGUGCCGGGCGGCCGGGCCCCCCGCCGCCCGGGGCCGACUCGCCGGCGGCCCGUGCCGCCCCGGCCCUGCGCGUGGCCUUCCUGGCCGAGGAGCUGGUCGUGCGGCAGUGCGGCGACCGGGUCUUCGCCCCGGGGGGGCCUGACCAGCCCCUGGUCGCGCACUGCCUCAGCUCCAAGACCGCCGGCUCCAAGGCCGCGUCCCUCGCCCGGCAUGGCCUGUGGACGGUGCCGCCGGCCGGGGCGCGCACCUCGCGCGGCAGCUCCGACACGGGGCCACACCGCCCGCCCUGAUGCAC